AACGACGGCGCACAAACAAGCUGGAAGGGGAGGAAAAUGGUGACCCUGCACCCAGAACCGGCUCCAGGCCACGCCGCCCGCUUGGGGGCAACUUUGCUGGGGAGGAGGGUCCCGCGAAAACUGACGGCCGCCGCCACCGCCGCCGCCGCUGACAGGAAUCUGAGCCCCGCCCCCCGUGGGGCACAGCGCAGGCGCGGAGGGGGGUGCCCGAGAGCACGGAAGAGCCGCGGCGGCCCCCGGGGGGCGGGGAGGCGCGCCAGGGAACAGCAGCAACAAGGGCCUCGCUUCCUGCCGCCACGGCCCGGGCUGCUGUUCCUGAGCUGGGAAAGGGCCCCGCUGCCAGGGUGGUAGGGAGGGAGGCUGGGAGGUGGCCGCGCGCUGGGGCCCCGGGGAGGGAAAAGGUAUUUGCAACGACCUGGUGGCGGCGAGCCUGAGGCGGCCGGCCCCGAGCAGAGCUGAGCGCAGGAGACAGAGCCGGGAGAAAAGAGAGGUCUGCGCGAGCCGGGGACGGACCGCAGAGGCCGGCGGCGGACGGGCCUGGCUGGCCCGGGGUCUCGCAGGGGACCGGAGUGUCAUCGCCCGGACAGCCACCAACCCUUUGGUGUUUGCAUAGCAGUGUCUACAAAGGGACUGUCAAACCCAUUUCUUAAUUAGGAAAUGGCAAACCGUAUCCCAAAAACCUCGAGUUAUUGAUUUUUAAUUAAAGUACUUUCUCCCCUAA